CGCUUUCCUUCCAAGUGUGGGUUACUUAUUUGUUAGCUUUGGGAAAUGGACCGCUCAGUACAGACAGAAGAUGACUCCAUGUAUGAUAGAGGAAUGCCUAGACUUCCUCAGUCCGCAGCUGAGGUGCCUUCCGAGUUAUAUCAGGUCGUUCUCCAGAACAAUCACCGCCCACCCAUCAUCCAGAACACAUCCUGGACCCUGGCAGUGCCCUACAAAGAACAGCGGCACCAUCGCACCCCAAGUGAGUCCAUAGGGAACAACUACAGCCCCCGGGCCAGGGACCUGAAGAUCUGGAACCUGCAACGAAGAGCAGGAGCACCUCCUCCAGCUUUGCCUGAGGAUUCACCAUCCACAGUGGUGCCUACUCCAGCUGGUAAGAAGCAGAAGCUCACACCAAGAGCCAGAGAUCGAACACACGGUUCCUCAGGCUCAGCCAUAGGUAAGCCUGAUCAGGAGAGCCCUGUGGCACCCAGGAGCCCACCACUGACACCCAACCAGCAGCUGGAAAUUAUGUGCAACCAGGAGGAACAGACACAGAGGAAAGAGGGAGAGCCCUCAGAGAGGGACCUGGAGAGGUACCAGUAUUACAUCACAAAAGGAGUACAGAGUCAAAUGAUUGCUGCCCAGCCCACUGAGCAGGUGAAAAACAUUCAGAAACGUGUUCUUCGUGGGCUUCAAAGUGACAGUCACCACAUGCAGAAACUGCAUUCCCAGCUUAUGGAAGAAGUACGUGACAACUACGUGUAUAGCCUGCGGAAAAGCAUUGUGGACUACAUCCUGGAGGACCCCUCUGAGAGGCAGCGUCUGUUCAUCUCUAGUGUCCCGCGUUCCUUCCCCAGAAGGGUGAUCCGUGGGCCUGUCCCAUGGGACAGCAUCUACAAAGAGGCCCGCAACUGGCAGGCCUUGCACCUCUUCACUGUGAACCCUAUGAUGCUCCAUUUGCAGAACCUCUGGUUCAACAGCUUCUCCUCCCUGAGAUUCGUAAAGCUGGAGGAACUGUUUUCGGCCAGCUUACCCCUGCUCCCUACAGAGUUUGAGGAUCUGUUGCAGAAGCAAUGCCAAGUAACCAGGGACGAUCUUCUCAACAAAUGGAUACCUGAGUGUGCAUCUCUCUUCAUUACCUAUAAAGAGCUGUGGUUCCCGCUGGUACCCAGAAGUGAAAGGGUGGCCCCAGUCAGGGCCCAGGAGUUCUUCCAUUGUGUGGCUGCUCUCAUGUCCCUGCAGCUGCGCAGCCUCGUAGUGUCCUCCUUGCAGGACCUCCUGCAAUUCUUCAUGCUGCACAAGGACGGGAAUGACUACGAUGACGAGUACAACGAGCUGCGCUUCGUGAGGCAGCAGGUUGUCAUUGUGAAGCUGAGGGUGGAGGAGCCGUGUGUCGUGUUCCAGCCAAGCCUGCAGCAGUGCUGGGAGCUCAUCCGCAGGGCUUUCAUGUUCAUCAUCAAGAGCGCCGAGGACCUGCCUCGGGUGGAGUGUAACCUGUUCCCAGACAUCCAGGGGUACAAUUUUACCCUGCGCACGGUCAGGCCAGACGAGCAGCUGGUCGCUGACAUAGUUGACAGUGCCAUGGAGGUCUUCCAGAAGAACACACUAGGGCCACAGAGGUAUCUGACGGUGUACAAGAAGUAUAGCGAUCUCCUAAACAACAAUGCAAAGCAGGAUAUAGCCGCAUUUCUCAAGGAAAAACACUCUCUCGAGGCUUUUAUUAAGAAAAUCAACGACAUUCAACAGCUGUGGGAGGAGAUCGCCUCCCUGCAUAUCACAGUUCCCCUUGCCAUGUUCUGUUUGGACGCUGCCAGCCUGAACCAAGAUCUGUGUGAUCGUGCUGUGAGGCUGAAGGAGACUCUGGUCAAGUUUGAAGUUGACGAGAACAGACAGCUUAACAAGAGUAUCUGCCGGCGCUACGACGAGAUUGCAGAGACCAUCAGUAAGAUCCCGGACAGCACGGAAGAACUGGUAGCCCUGAACCAAUACCUAAAGCAGAGCAGUGAAGUGACUGUCCACAAGCUGAGGGAUGAGAUUGAGGAGGCAGCCAACCGCCUCGACUUCCUACUGGACUACGCCACACUAUCUGAUGAGGACGUGAAGCUGAACAGCACUGUGUUCCACUGGCCGGGGCAGAUCUUGGUUCUGUUUGAGCAAAGCAAGAACCGUCUGGCGGCAUGCAGAGAGGAAUCUGAAGAUGACCUCCUCAAGAGGAUCACCAGGUUUGGGGACAUGCUACAGAACGUCAACAAGGAAGUGGAGGGCUUCAAGAAGAAAGAGUUGAUGACUUUGGAUGAGAUGAAGAACAACGUGGAGAAGCUGAACGAACUGUCAGCUAUUCUGGAUGGUGCUGUGACAGAACUGGAGGACAUCAACAAAGAGGAGAGCCUCUUGGAGAAGGAGCUGAGCGAGUUCCCCAUGGUGCAGACACUCAUGGCCAACAAGCAGCCCUAUGACCAGCUCUGGACAACAGCCCUCAACUUCCACAACCAGUCAGAUGUCUGGCUCAAUGGCCCGUUCCGGCAGCUGAAUGCGGAGAAGGUCUCUGAUGAGCUGGGGAGCAUGUGGAGAACCAUGUACAGGCUGGCCAAGAGCUUCGCUGACCUGCUCGGGCCGCGGCGCGUGGCAGAUAGCUUCAAGAUCAAGAUCGACAAGUUCAAGCAGCACCUUCCCAUCCUUACCACCAUCUGCAACCCUGGCAUAAAGGAGCGCCAUUGGCAACAGAUCAGCACUAUUGUGGGCUUUGAAGUGAAACCCGAAGUAGACACAUCGCUAUCAAACAUGGUGGACCUUGGGCUGUCCAAGUUCUCUGACAAGCUGGAGGAGCUUGGGGCAGCAGCCAGCAAGGAGUUCUCUUUGGAGAAGGCUUUGGACAAGAUGAGGACAGAGUGGGCUGAGCUGCGUUUGUCAUUCUCCCCAUACAGAGACACGGGUACAAGCAUUGUGUCUUCAGUGGAUGACAUCCAGGUACUCCUGGAUGAUCAUAUCAUCAAGACACAGACCAUGCGUGGGUCGCCAUUCAUAAAACCCAUUGAAGCCGAAUGCAAGCAAUGGGAGGACCAGCUAGUGCUAAUCCAGGACAUCCUAGAUGCCAUGCUCAAAUGUCAGGCCACCUGGCUCUACCUGGAGCCCAUUUUCAGCUCAGAGGAUAUCAUUGCCCAAAUGCCAGAGGAGGGGCGCAAGUUUGGCAUCGUUGACAGCUACUGGAAAGAUAUCAUUGCAGAAGCGGUCAAAGACACUAGAGUUCUGGUCGCCACAAGCCAGCCCAACAUGCUGGGGAGGCUGCAGGAGUCCAACGUGUUUCUGGAGGACAUUCAGAAAGGGCUAAACACCUACCUGGAAAAGAAGAGACUCUAUUUCCCCAGGUUCUUCUUUUUGUCGAAUGACGAGCUGUUGGAGAUCUUGUCAGAGACCAAGGACCCGCUGCGUGUCCAGCCUCACCUAAAGAAGUGCUUUGAGGGCAUCUCCAAGCUGGAGUUCACAGAGGACAUGGAGAUCACUGGAAUGAUUAGUUCAGAGAAGGAGACUAUACCCUUUAUUGAAAAGAUCUAUCCAGCCCAGGCCAAGGGGAUGGUGGAGAAGUGGCUACUGCAGGUGGAGAAUACAAUGCUGAAAAGUGUGAGAGCUGUCAUCCAUGACGGCGUUAACGAAUACACCCAGGCUCCUAGGAAGAAAUGGGUGCUGCAGUGGCCAGGGCAGGUGGUCAUCUGUGCCUCCUCCAUCUUCUGGACCAGUGAGGUGUCUGAGGCCAUUCAAACGAACACCCUCCCUGAGUACUUGGAGAAAAGCAAUGCUCAGAUAGCUGACAUAGUGGAUUUAGUCCGUGGCAAACUGCCAGGUGGGGCGCGGAUAACCCUGGGUGCCCUGACUGUCAUCGAUGUGCAUGCCCGGGAUGUGGUGGCUAAGCUAGCAGAUGACAGAAUCUCCUCCUUGAACGACUUCCAGUGGACCUCUCAGCUGCGCUACUUUUGGGAGGACGAUGAUGUACUGGUGCGCAUGAUCACCACCACUGUGAAGUAUGGAUAUGAGUAUCUGGGAAACUCACCCCGUCUGGUCAUCACUCCGCUAACUGACCGCUGCUACAGGACGCUGAUGGGGGCUCUGAAGUUGAACCUGGGUGGGGCUCCUGAGGGCCCAGCAGGGACUGGAAAGACAGAAACCACCAAGGAUUUAGCCAAGGCCCUAGCAAAGCAGUGUGUGGUCUUCAACUGCUCAGAUGGUCUGGACUACAAGGCCAUGAGUAAGUUCUUCAAGGGUCUAGCACAGUCUGGAGCCUGGGCCUGCUUUGAUGAGUUCAACCGCAUUGAGGUUGAAGUGCUCUCUGUGGUGGCACAGCAGAUCCUCAGCAUCCAACAGGCUAUCAUGCGUAACAUGAAGACCUUCCUGUUUGAGGGGACAGAGCUGUCACUCAACCCCACCUGCUCCGUCUUCAUUACCAUGAACCCCGGCUAUGCUGGCAGGGCUGAGCUGCCCGACAACCUCAAGGCUCUCUUCCGCACAGUGGCUAUGAUGGUGCCAGAUUAUGGUCUUAUUGGGGAGAUCUCAUUGUAUUCAAUGGGUUUUAUUGACUCCCGCAGUCUUGCCCAGAAGAUUGUGGCUACCUACCGGCUUUGCUCUGAGCAGCUUUCCUCCCAGCAUCACUAUGACUAUGGGAUGCGUGCAGUGAAAUCAGUCCUGACGGCAGCAGGGAACUUGAAGCUGAAGUACCCAGAGGAGAAUGAAAGUGUGCUGCUGCUGCGUGCCCUGAUGGAUGUCAAUAUGGCCAAGUUUCUGGCUCAAGAUGUGCCACUCUUCCAGGGCAUCAUAUCUGACCUCUUCCCUGGUGUGGUACUACCAACACCCGACUAUGAGCUCCUCCUGCAGGCUCUGAAUGACAACAUUGCCAAGUUUGACCUCCAGCCUGUUCCUUGGUUCAUUGGCAAAAUCAUACAGGUGUACGAGAUGAUGCUGGUGCGUCAUGGCUUCAUGAUUGUUGGAGACCCUCUGGGUGGGAAAACCUGUGCAUACAAGGUCCUGGCUGGAGCCCUUGAUGAUCUCUAUAAAGCAAAAAUGAUGGAGGAGUUUGCAGUCGACUACAGGAUCAUCAACCCCAAGGCCAUCACCAUGGGCCAACUAUAUGGCUGCUUUGACCCAGUCAGCCAUGAGUGGUCAGACGGGGUGCUGGCCACAUCUUUCCGGGACCAAGCCGUGUCCACUUCAGAUGACCGACAGUGGAUCAUCUUCGACGGGCCCAUUGACGCUGUAUGGAUUGAGAACAUGAACACUGUGUUGGAUGACAACAAGAAGCUCUGUCUGAUGAGUGGUGAAAUUAUCCAGAUGAGUCCCAAAAUGAGCUUGAUCUUUGAGCCUGCUGACCUGGAGCAGGCCUCUCCUGCUACUGUCAGCAGGUGUGGCAUGAUAUACAUGGAGCCACAUCAGUUAGGCUGGGCCCCCUUGAAGGAUUCCUACAUGAAUACCCUGCCAGAGACCCUGAAAGACGAGCACAGGGAGCUGAUCGAGGACAUGUUUAACUGGCUGGUCGAUCCCUGCCUGGACUUCAUUUACCGUGAGUGCCGCUUCCUGGUGCAGACCUCUCCCAUCCACCUGGCUUACAGCCUGAUGAGACUCUACACCUGUCUCCUGGAUGAGAUUGCGCAGUCUGGAACAAACAACCAAGAGCCCAUGUCCAGCCAGCAGGUGACAAUGUGGCUUCAGGGUCUCUUCGUAUUCGCUGUUGUGUGGGGUCUGGGUGGCACCAUCAAUGGGGACAGCCGCAAGAAGUUCGAUGUCUUUUACCGCAACCUGCUGACAGGCAUGAUCGACGAGCACCCCCGGCCCAAGAGUGUCCAUCUCACCAAGAAAAACCUCUUCCCUGAGAGAGGAAGCGUCUAUGACUAUUACUUCCACAAGCAUGGAUCAGGGCAGUGGAACACAUGGACAGAUGCGAUCACCAAGGCAGAGGCCACCAUCCCUCAAGGCGCAAAGGUGUCGGACCUCAUCAUCCCCACCAUGGAGACAGCGCGCCAGUCAUUCUUCCUGCAGACGUACUUGGCACAUGAGGUGCCCAUGCUGUUUGUUGGGCCUACCGGCACGGGCAAGUCCAUCAUCAACAACAGCUUCCUGCUCAAGCUGCCCAAAGAACACUACACUCCGAACUGCAUUAACUUCUCGGCACGUACCUCUGCAAACCAAACCCAGGACAUCAUCAUGGCCAAGCUGGAUCGCAGGAGGAAGGGGGUGUUUGGCCCACCCAUGGGCAAAAAGUGUGUGGUGUAUGUAGAUGAUCUUAACAUGCCCGCAAAGGAGAUUUAUGGUGCCCAGCCACCCAUAGAGCUACUGAGACAAUGGAUCGACCACAGCCACUGGUAUGACAAGGACACCUCCAGACUGGACAUUGUGGAUGUCCUCUUUGUGGCUGCAAUGGGACCCCCUGGUGGUGGCAGGAAUGACAUUACAGGCCGUUUCACCCGACACUUGAACAUAAUUUCUAUUGACUCCUUUGAUGACGAGACUCUGAGCAAGAUAUUCACCUCCAUCACUGACUGGCAUUUUGGGAAUGGCUUCGAUGCCUCCUUCUACAGGCUUGGAAAGAUAAUGGUACAGGCUACUAUGGCUGUGUACAAGGACGCUAUGGAGAGUUUUCUUCCCACACCUUCCAAGUCCCACUACAUCUUCAACCUCAGAGACUUCGCCAGGGUCAUUCGUGGAGUGCUGCUCAGCCCCCCCACCCACCUUCAGGAAGGAGACAAAUUGAUUAGAUUGUGGAUCCACGAGGUUUACAGAGUGUUCUAUGACCGUCUCAUCGACAAUAAUGACAGAGAGACUUUCUUCAACAUAGUCAAGGAGAGGACGUCCGACUUCUUCAAGCAGAGCAUGGACAAGCUGCUGAAUCAUCUCACCCCAUCUGGAAAGGUGACAGAUGAAGACAUCCGUAAUCUGUUCUUUGGGGACUACGGCAAGCCGGACUCGGACACCAAGGCCUAUGAUGAGAUCACAGACCUGCAGCAGCUCAUGGGGGUGAUGGAGUACUACCUGGAAGAGUUCAACAACGUCAGCAAGGCACCCAUGUCGCUCGUCAUGUUCAAGUUUGCCAUUGAGCACAUCUCACGUAUCUGCCGCGUGCUGAAGCAGGACAACGGGCACCUGUUACUGGUGGGCAUCGGUGGCUCGGGCCGACAGAGCGCAACUAAGCUGGCGACGUUUAUCAAUGAGUAUGAGCUCUUCCAGAUAGAGCUGACUAAGAACUAUGGCAUCCCCGACUGGAGGGACGACUUGAAGAGGGUGAUGCUAAAGGCUGGUAUCGACGGCAAGAGCACUGUCUUCCUCUUCAACGACAGCCAAAUAAAGGAUGAGGCGUUUGUGGAGGACACAAACAUGCUGCUCAACACCGGCGACGUGCCCAACAUCUUCCCUGCUGAUGAACGCGCAGACAUUAUAGAGAAGAUGCAGGGCAUUGCCCGUAUGGAGGGCAAGAAAAUCGAUGCCACACCUCUCUCCAUGUACAACUAUUUCAUUGACCGCGUCAAGGCCAACCUCCACAUUGUACUAGCGAUGAGCCCAAUUGGGGAUGCCUUCAGGAACCGCCUGCGCAUGUUCCCCUCCCUCAUCAACUGUUGCACCAUUGACUGGUUCCAAGCCUGGCCCACAGACGCGCUAGAAAUGGUGGCGAACAAGUUCCUAGAGGAUGUGGAGAUGGCAGACAAUAUCAGGACAGAGGUGGUGGCUAUGUGCAAAAUGCUCCAGGAGAGUGUAAGGGAACUUUCAGAGAGGUACUACGAACAGCUCAGGAGACACAAUUACGUGACGCCAACCUCCUACCUGGAACUCAUCCUCACCUUCAAGGCUCUGCUCAACUCCAAAAGGUGUGAGGUGGAUACUGUUAGGAAUCGAUAUCUGGUGGGCCUGCAGAAAUUGGACUUUGCCGCCUCUCAGGUGUCAGUGAUGCAGCAGGAGUUGACAGCACUGCAGCCCGAGCUAAUCAAGACAUCAGCAGAGACAGAUGAGAUGAUGGUGAAGAUAGAGAAGGAGACUGUGGAGGUGGAUGCAAAGAAGGAGCUAGUCUCUGCAGACGAGAAAGUGGCCAAUGAAGCAGCAGCAGCAGCCAAAGCCAUCAAGGAUGAGUGUGAAGGGGACUUGGCAGAGGCUAUGCCCGCUCUAGAGGCUGCGUUGUCAGCUCUGGACACCCUGAAACCAUCUGACAUAACAGUGGUGAAAUCCAUGCAGAACCCACCUGGGCCAGUCAAGCUGGUUAUGGAGUCCAUCUGUGUCAUGAAGGGAAUUAAGCCAGAGAGGAAGCCAGACCCUGGUGGCUCAGGCAAAAUGAUUGAAGACUACUGGGGCUCCUCCAAGAAGCUGCUUGGCGACAUGAAGUUCCUAGAAAGCCUGAAAGCAUUUGAUAAAGACAACAUCCCACCCGCUAACAUCAAAAAGAUCAGGGAGAAAUUCAUUGACAAUCCAGAUUUCCAACCUUCCAUCAUCAAGAAUGUGUCAUCAGCCUGUGAGGGGCUGUGCAAAUGGGUGCGUGCAAUGGAGGUGUACGAGCGUGUGGCUAAAGUAGUAGCUCCCAAGAAGGAGCGUCUAAGAGAAGCAGAGGCAGAACUGGCGGUGCAAAUGGAGAUGCUGGCUGUGAAGCGCGGAGAGCUGAAGGAAGUGGAAGACCGGCUGCAGGCCCUGAACGACACCUUUGAAGCCAUGAACAACAAGAAAAAGGAGCUGGAGGACAACAUCGAGCUAUGCUCACAGAAGUUGAUCCGAGCAGAGAAGCUGAUAGGAGGUCUGGGUGGAGAGAAGGACAGGUGGACGGAAGCCGCCCGGGUGCUGGGGAUCCGAUACACUAACCUCACUGGCGAUGUGCUUCUUUCUGCUGGCAUGGUGGCGUAUCUGGGGGCCUUUACUGUGGAUUACCGUGUGGAGUGCCAGAAAGAAUGGCACCUGCUAUGUAAGGAGAAGGAGAUCCCAUGUUCAGAGGAGUUCACACUCAGCAGUACUUUAGGGAAUCCAGUGAGUAUUCGAGCCUGGCAGAUUGCUGGGUUGCCUGUAGACUCCUUCUCAACAGACAAUGGAAUUAUAGUGUCUAACUCCCGCCGUUGGCCUUUAAUGAUAGACCCCCAGGGUCAAGCUAACAAAUGGAUCAAGAAUAUGGAGAAAGCUAACAAGCUUGCUGUCAUCAAGCUGUCUGAUGGCAAUUAUGUGAGAACCCUUGAAAAUGCCAUACAGUUUGGCACACCCAUCCUGUUAGAGAAUGUAGGGGAAGAGCUGGACGCUGUGUUGGAGCCUGUGUUACUAAAGCAGACCUUCAAACAGCAAGGAGUGGAGUACAUGAGGCUGGGAGAGAACAUUGUGGAAUACUCAAAAGACUUCUUGUUCUACAUGACAACAGGCCUCAGGAACCCUCACUAUCUGCCUGAGAUUGCAGUCAAAGUGUGCCUGCUGAAUUUUAUGAUCACCCCACUAGGCCUGCAGGACCAGCUCCUGGGGAUUGUGGCUGCCAAGGAGAAACCUGAGCUGGAGGAGAAGAAGAACCAGCUCAUCCUGGAGAGUGCUGCUAACAAUAAGCAACUGAAAGAGAUUGAGAGCAGAAUUCUGGAGAUACUGUCCUCUUCCGAAGGCAACAUCCUGGAGGAUGAGACUGCAAUCAAAGUCCUCUCCUCAUCCAAGGUGCUUUCAGAGGAGAUUUCUGAAAAGCAGAAGAUUGCCUGUAUUACAGAAAAGGAGAUUGAUGACACUCGCAUGGGAUACCGGCCUGUGGCAGAGCAUUCUUCCAUUCUCUUUUUCUGUAUAUCUGAGCUUGCCAAUAUCGAGCCAAUGUACCAGUACUCUUUGACUUGGUUUAUAAACCUCUAUGUCUACUCCAUUGCUGAGAGCUUGAAGAGCGAAGAUCUUCAGACAAGGAUUAAGAACAUUGUUGACCAUUUCACAGUCAGCAUCUACAACAAUGUGUGCCGCUCACUAUUUGAGAAAGACAAGCUGCUCUUUUCACUGCUGCUAACAGUGGGAAUCAUGCAGGGCAAAGACUUAGUGGAUGACACAGUGUGGCGUUUCCUCCUGACAGGGGGGAUUGCCUUGGACAACCCCCACCCCAACCCAGCCCCUGAGUGGCUGUCAGAUAAGUCCUGGUCAGAGAUUGUACGAGCGUCCAAACUGCCGAACUUGGAUGGGCUUUUUGAACAUGUGCGGGACAACGUGCCCAAGUGGAAGAAUAUCUAUGACUCUGGCAAGCCCCACAAGGAGCAGCUGCCAGACAACUGGAAGAAUGUGGUCGGGAUGGACCGCAUGGUGAUUCUACGCUGCUUCAGACCCGACAAGCUGGUGCCAGCUGUGCAGGACUUCAUCACAGACAACAUGGGAAGGACGUACAUCGAGCCACCCACAUUCGACUUGGCAGGCAGUUACAAGGACUCCAACUGCUGCUCACCUCUGAUCUUUGUGCUUUCUCCUGGAUCUGAUCCCACAGCAGGUCUUCUGAAGUUUGCAGAUGAUCUCGAGAUGGGGGGUAGCAAGACCCAGACCAUUUCGCUGGGGCAGGGCCAAGGUCCCAUCGCAGCAAUGAUGAUUGACAAGGCUGUCAAAGAAGGCACCUGGGUGGUGCUGCAGAACUGCCACCUCGCCACCAGCUGGAUGCCUACCUUGGAAAAGAUCUGCGAGGAAAUGAUCACCCCUGAGAACACUGAUCCAACCUUCAGAUUGUGGUUGACCAGUUACCCCUCAGACAAGUUCCCUGUCAGCAUCCUGCAAAAUGGAGUGAAGAUGACCAAUGAGCCUCCAAAAGGUCUGCGAGCCAAUCUGCUGCGCUCCUACAUCAGCGACCCCAUCUCCAACCCCUCCUUCUUCUACAGCUCCAAGAAGCAGGAGGUUUGGCAGAAGCUGCUGUUCGGUCUGUGCUUCUUCCAUGCCCUGGUGCAGGAGAGGAGGAACUUUGGGCCCCUGGGUUGGAAUAUCCCCUAUGAGUUCAAUGAGUCUGAUCUCCGAAUCAGCAUGAGGCAAAUCCAAAUGUUCCUCGAUGAAUAUGUAGAGAUUCCUCUUGAGGCUCUGACUUACCUAACAGGUGAGUGUAACUAUGGAGGAAGGGUCACAGAUGACAAGGACAGGCGGCUGCUCCUGUCUCUGCUGUCCAUAUUCUACAACAAAGAAUUGAUACAGCAGGAGGGGUACCGACUGUCUGAGGGAGACUUGUACUAUAUCCCUCCUCAUGGCCCCUAUGAGACCUAUGUUGAUUAUAUUCGCAACCUACCCAUUGGUGCUGAUCCUGGAGUAUUUGGACUUCACAGCAAUGCUGAUAUCACCAAGGACAACCAGGAGACCAAUCAGCUGCUUGAUGGAGUGCUGCUGACAUUACCAAGGCAGUCAGGGGGAGGGGUCAAGUCUCCCCAGGAAAUAGUUGAUGAACUGGCUGCGGACAUCCUAUCCAAACUACCAGCUGAUUUUGACAUGGAGAUGGUGAUGGAUAAAUAUCCUGUGGUCUACGAAGAAUCCAUGAACACAGUGCUCAGACAGGAGCUCAUCCGCUUCAACAGACUGACUCAGGUGGUGCGCAGCAGUCUGGUGAAUAUCGGCAAGGCCCUAAAAGGACAGGUGGUGAUGUCAGCUGAGCUAGAGAACGUAUUCAACAGCAUGCUGGUGGGAAAAGUGCCAGCCAUAUGGGCAGCAAAGUCCUACCCCUCACUGAAGCCUUUAGGCAGCUAUGUGGCUGACUUCCUAGCCAGGUUACAUUUCCUGCAGGACUGGAUAGACAAUGGACCACCCAACGUUUUCUGGCUAUCUGGAUUCUACUUCACACAGUCCUUCCUCACAGGGGUAUCUCAGAACUUUGCACGGAAAUACACCGUCCCAAUUGAUUACAUUGGCUUUGAAUUUGAGGUGAUGAAGCAGGAAACCGAGAUGGAGAGGAAGCCUGAGGACGGGGCCUAUGUGAAAGGGCUUUUCCUGGAAGGGGCACGCUGGGACCGAGAGAAAAUGGUGAUUGGGGAAUCGUACCCCAAGAUCCUAUUUGACCCCCUUCCCAUUAUCUGGCUCAAGCCAGGGGAGAUGUCCAAAUUCCUUCACGAGAACAUAUACGUCUGCCCCGUUUACAAGACCAGUGCCCGUCGCGGCACACUCUCCACCACCGGCCACUCCACCAACUAUGUCAUUCCCAUUGAGCUUCCCUCUGACCAGCCCCAGAAGCACUGGAUCAACCGGGGCGUGGCCUGUCUGUGCCAACUGGAUGACUGA